AUGGUAGCCACAGGCUCACGUGAUCGACGUUCAUCGUCAUUGACAACUCCUUCAAAUAAACGAUGCAUAUCGUCAUCAGUUCAAGAUAAAAAAAAAGUCGUUAAACCACUUGGAAUAUGUAGCUUUUGCUUGGGUGAUGAAGAGAAAAACGCAAAUGGUGUACCUGAAGAUAUGAUAAGUUGUUCCGAAUGUGGAAAUUGCGGUCAUCCAUCAUGUUUAAAAUAUUCAGACAAACUUGUUAAAAAAAUAAAAACUAUUCGAUGGCAAUGCCUCGAUUGUAAACGUUGUGUGAUUUGUACCAAAGCCGAUGAUUCGUUACUUUUCUGUGAUUUUUGUGAUGCUGCGACUCAUCCAAAAUGUUGCACACCACCGUUAAAUCACAUUCCUAAAGGUGACUUUGCUUGUCAUAAUUGUCGUGAAGAUAGAACAAUGAAAUCAUCAGGAAGAAAAUCUUUAACAACAGCAUCAUCUACACGUUCUCUUCGUAGUCAUAAUUAUAAUGACGACGAAAUGCCUAUCGUUAUGUCUCGUCCUGUUGCUCAAUUAAUUGAUGGAAUGUCAAAUUUUUUCUUACCAAAAAAACAUCAAAAUAAUAAUAGUCAACGACAGCAGUCAGUGCAAAAAGCAAUGAACUAUUUAAGAAAUAAAACAAUUAAAUCGUCAAGUCAAACUAUACUUAAACGAUUGAAUACAAGAUUACAAUCAACAAAUAAAAAGGAAAAAGAUAAAAAUCAAUUAUUAGCAAGAAAUAUUCUAGCUUCAUCAAAAACAUCACGUAUACGACGAAAACCAUUAAGUUUAUCUGAUGAUCCUCAUGUCAAUUCUGAAAUCGAUACAACUACACCAACAAUGACACGUCGUUCAAUAAAUAAGAAAGCAUUAACGUCUGGACCGAUAACGCCAACUCCUCGAAUUAGCCGGCGAUCAGGUACUCAUCCAAUUGCAGAAUCAAGUAAAACAAAUUCCCCUCGAUUGCAUACUAAGCGAAAACAUUCAGCAUCACCAAUACCUCAAACACCGAUAACAAUAAAAAAACGAACAAAAAAUGAUUCUUCGAUAAAGAAAACACCUUCAAUACGAAAAGAAGUUAAAAUUGAAGAAGACGAAGUGGAAGAUGACACAAACGAGCAGCAAGAUAAAUCAACAGUUGGUAAACGAAAAAUUAAUUUGGACUUAUCCAAAUACAAAACUCCACCAGCAUUUCUUCAUGAUUCACUUCCAGACACAAUAGCCGCCAAUGAUGUUUAUAUAUUUCUUGAUGCACGUAAAAAUUCUACAAAACUCAUUUUAGAUUGUUCAGAAAAAUUUCAUCAUUCAACUGAAUCAAUGGAAGAAGAUGAUCCAAAUAAUAUUCGUUGGCCACCAUAUAUCGUUUUUGGUUCAGAAUUAAUUAAAACAUGGUAUUCAUCAUCUUAUCCUCAAGAAUAUGCACGUGUUCCUCGGUUAUAUAUAUGUGAAUUUUGCUUAAAAUAUAUGAAAUGUGAAGAAGUUUACGAUCGACAUCGUAAUAAAUGUCAAACAUUUCAUCCGCCUGCCAAUGAAAUCUAUCACAAAGAUAAUCUAUCAGUAUUUGAAGUCGAUGGAAAUAUCAAUCGAAUCUAUUGUCAAAACUUGUGUCUUUUAGCAAAAUUAUUUCUUGAUCAUAAAACUCUUUACUAUGAUGUUGAACCAUUUUUAUUUUAUGUGUUAACUAAAAAUGAUUCAAGUGGUUGCCAUUUUGUGGGUUAUUUUUCUAAAGAAAAACAUUGUCCACAAAAAUAUAAUCUAUCAUGCAUAACUGUUCUACCGAAUCGUCAACGUCAAGGUUACGGACGUUUUUUAAUUGAAUUAAGUUACUUAUUAUCACAGAAAGAACGUCAAAUCGGUACACCAGAAAGACCAUUGUCUACUCAUGGUGCACAAACUUAUGAAGCCUAUUGGAAAAUAAAAAUAGCGCAACAACUAUUUAAUUAUUAUAAUAAAAAGAGAGAUAAAUGUAAAUUAAAAGAUCUGAUGAGUGACACGGGUAUGACCAUUGAUGAUAUUAUUGAUACAUUACAAAAUUUAGGAAUUUUAACAAUGAAAACAAAUCAAAAACCUGUCAUUAUUGUUGAUGGUCAACAAUUAGCAACCAUAAUUAAAACUGAAAAGAUCAAACAUGCUCAUUGGGUUUCAUUAGAUAGUGAAUUUGUUCGUUUUACACCAGUUCUCAAACCCAUGUUAUUCAUUCAUGAUGAAAAUUCAAUUGAAAAUCGAUUUAAAGAUGUACAAAUUGUUUUCAAAAAAAUUCAAUCCGAUAUUGUCGAACCUGUAGGAAAUCUUUCGGAGUCAGCCGAUGGACUGAAUCAAACGAAAACAACUGAAAUUGUUCGUUAUGUUCGUAGACGAAAAUUUGGUAAAAAACGUCGUUCAACCUAUAUUAAAUGUCGAGUAUCAAACAAAAAUGAAUCGAACAUAGUUAAUCAUGAUGAUGAUCAAUCGCAAGAAUAUAUUGCUCGUCGACGAGAUUCAAUAGUAAACGAAUCAGUUAAAGAAGAAGAAAAACCUCCACCAUUGUCACCAAUCAAAUCUUCUCCGAAGCAACCAAUAUUUAAACAAUUAACAAUCGAUCAAUUUCUUAAAAAAACUCCCACAACUUCACCGGUUACGGACAAAAUAAAACAAGAGAAAACUAUAGAAACAAUACCAACAAACAAUAAUAAUACAAAUGAAACGACUACAGUAGUAAAAAACGAAGAUAAUGAAGAAUUCUCUACACCAAAACAACCUAAACGAUUAUCAAAUGCUUCUCAUAUAUCAAAAUCCGAAACUGAUUUAGCUCAAAUUGCAAAUGGAAUUUCUACAGAAACUUUAAACAAAUCAAAUCUUAACAAUCAUGGCUUAUUAGUAAGGCAAUUAAGUGAUGUAACUAUAUCAUCAAAUGAUAGUUCAAUAACUACCGUUAAUUCGCCGUUACCAUUUAAAAAACGAGCGUGGACUUCAACAACUUUACAAGCUUUAAUAGAUGCACCGUCUAAUGCUGAGAAAAAUGAUCACUCAUUUACAUUAAGUCCCGAAACAAGUAUUACAACACCUUCAACUUCAUCAGAUAUUCUUACUAAUCCGCUAAUGAAACCUACCUCAUCACUUCAGAGUAGCGACGAAGAACUAAAAUCUACUCCUAUUGAAUCUGAAUUAAAAACUUCAACUGGAGAAGUUGAAACAAACGAUGAUCAAUCAUCAAUGUCAAACAAUACGUCACAAUCAAAUCAUUUUAAUUAUACAACCCGAAGUAGUGUUGCUAAAAGACAGCAACAACAACAGUCGAUAGCAAUGAAUACUUUCAAUAGUUCAAACAAUAUGACAUUUAAUUAUGGAGAACCAUCAUAUCCAUAUCCAUAUCCAUAUCCAUACUCCACUGGACCAUCUAUGGAUAUGCAAUCAUUUUAUUAUCCAUCACCAAUGCCAAUGGACUAUAUGCCCUAUUAUCCGACACCAUCAUCGCCUAUGCAUGGAUCAGCACAACAAAUAUGUUAUCCACCGAAUGGUACCAAUCCAUUGCCGUAUACUGGUAAUUCAACAUCUCAUUCGUCGUCAAAUGGACGAAAUUAG